ACAAUUCACACAAUUUUACUCUUCACUAAUAACUAAUACAAAAGCUGACAGUGAAGUUACAAAACUACUGGCAUUGACAUUUAAAAAAAUGUCAUUAACAAGCCUUAGGUUAUGAUACAAAAUACAAAACAAUAGAACUAUUGUAAAUACCAGCAAAUAAGAUUUUAAAUUAUAUUAAUAUAUUAUAAAUGGUACAUAUAUACGUGCUAAUUUUUCACUGUUAGCGAACCUUUUUGUUCGAUGUUAAACAAUGAGCCUGCAAGACAGACUAAAGCCCAUUUUGAAAAUACUAAAAUUUACAUCAAUUUGGGGAGGUGGUGGAAUUUUUUUUGCUUAUCAUGUCAGUCAGACGUACAAAACAGUAGACAAGAUCGUAAACACAAAAGUUCUAGAUCGUGAAAAGAAACAUACCCCAGAAUAUAUUUACAUUGACGACCCUUCAUACAGCAUCACAUUAAAAAGGGAACAAGACAAAGAAUCUAGACGGUCUAUAGGUCUCUCGCGAGUUUGGAAGAGUCUGAAGCAUUCUUUAGCAUGGCGUCUUUUGUGGUUAUGUCGUCACGGGAACAAGGAGCAGCGUAACAUAGCUCUGAAACAGCUAGCUGCUUUCAAAAACAAUAAGAUUUGGGACUGUCAAAAACUCGCUCAAGCUUUAGACAUGAACACAGCCGUCUUGCUAGCAAGAACUCGCGGUGCUGAUCUACGGUACUUCCUCCCUCCGCCUAUACAUGUACGUAGAGCCGCAUUAACUUCUGAAUUACUCUCUUUCAAAUUCCGAGACAUGAUACUUUCUGUUCAAGGAGUCCAUCCACACAGUUGUAUUCAACAUUUCCUAUCGAAAUAUUUUGCCAAUAUUCAGGAACAGGCCUUAGAAGCAGAUAAUAUUCCCGCAAAGCCAGAUAGUAUUAGUGAGAGAGAUUUGUGUAUUUUGUGUCUUGAUGCCCUCUAUCACCACAUCAGUCUUUUUCAUGUUAACGAUUAUGAAGAUGAUGAUUCUAUAAAAACUCUUAUAAAAAUGGGACUCCUUCCAAGAUUAGCUGAGUUAAUGUUAAGAGAGCGCGAUGACACUGAUUUGGAUUUGGCUGUACUUAAAAUACUCACUGUUCUGAGUGUUCAUUGUAAUUUAUUAUUAGAUUUUUUUCAAAACGGUCUUAUAAAAGAGUUGUCUCGGCUCCUUAGAUCAAAAGAUGUGCGAUUGGCAAGUUCUGCUGCAGUUUGUUUAGCAAAUUUAUCAGGGGAACAUUGUUACAGACCAGGACUGUACUUGUUGCACCCAUUGUAUCGAACUACAGUUGCACCAACAUGUGACACUCUUCUAGUGCACGGCCUCAGAGGUGGUGUUUUUGUCACAUGGCGACAGAGAGAUAAAAAGUGCGCUGAACCUCUUGGAAUUGUUGAAGGAACAAUAUCCGAUGUUGACUGUGAUCCCUGCGAAGAAAAAUCAAUCGAUACAAAGUAUCUUGACCCAGAUUUGCAACAAGUAAUGGAUGAUCUGAUAGAAUUAGAUGAUGAAACUCUGUUGUCUGACUUAGAAGUAGUUUUACAUGACCUCCCUAUUGAGGCAAAGCGAGAACCUUUGAAUACUAAUAUUUACACUAUAAGUAAGAAACGCAUAGCCCUUAUGCAGGAAGAAGAGGAUCAAUGUAAUUAUACAUUUUGUUGGCCUAAAGAUUGGCUACCUAAAGACUGCAAUAAUUUGAGAAUAUUAGGUAUCAAUUAUUGGAGCUCAAUAUCUGAAUGGCUAGAACGAUGCCCCCUACAGACAGCUGACAUAUCAACCAAGGCUUCAGAAUUAGGUCCUACAUUAGUUGAUGCUGGUGUCGGAAGAAAAGGUACUCCUGUUGUGUGGUUAGCUCAUUCCAUGGGAGGGCUUAUAGUUAAACAAGUACUCAUUGACUCUGCUCAAAGUAGUGAUGACAAAUUUAAAAGGCUUUCAAGGAAUACUAAGGCUGUAUUGUUUUAUAGUACACCUCAUAAAGGUAGUGCACUUGCGACUAUGCCAAGGGCUGCAGCUGCUGUGCUGUGGCCUUCAAACGAUGUGCGUCAGUUACAAGAAAACUCGCCAGUUUUACUUGAACUGCAUAGAGCAUUCAUACACGCAGCUGAACAAUACCAAUGGGAGACCAUAAGUUUUGCUGAAAUGAUGCCAACUUUGGUUACAACAUUUAAAGUACCAAUCCACUUUGUAGAAGCUUAUUCUGCAGACUUAGGACGAGGUGUGUUUUAUCAGUUACCUUUAGAUCAUCUGUCUAUAUGUAAGCCGGCCACGAGACAAUCAAUACUGUAUACAACAGUCCUGGAUGUAAUACAAAGGGUGACUGCCAGAAAUAUUGAAAUAAAAUACUCUGAUUCCCUUAUAAAAUGGAUUAUUGACAUGCUUUGGUGGACUCUGAGGACAAAAACUAAUGAGGCUAUAGAAAAAGUUGAUGAAGCUCAAAGAAUUGAAGGUCUUCGUUGGUAUGAGCGAGUCCUACUCGACACAUUUACUGAUGGAUUUACAGAUUAGAAAAUAUGAAUAACAAUUAAUUUUCUUGCCUAGCUUAUGGUAUUGUAAGAAAAACAUUGUUAUUUUCAAUGAAAGUAAAUUGUAAGUGUGGGACAUUUUGGAUGUAUAUGUACGAUUUAAAUUGUAUACAUCCAAGCAAUAAUGGAUAAUACUUAACUGUAUGUAAUGUAUGUUAGCAAAGCAAAUGAUAAAUAAACAUGUAUUAAUUGUUUUCCUGUA